AUGUCAAGGCCAUUUCUGCGGACACCGGCCUCCCAAUCGUGGUGCAAAGCCCACAUUCCACACAAAAGUCGAAUGCCCCACGAUCCAGUCAAACCAGGUUAUGAUGCCCUCCUCGAAGAGUGUGGCCUCACCUGGCACUCGACCCAGGCGGACUUACUGAUGCACAUUUUGGACUGGGUUUCAUCAACAACCCAGCUCCCGGAGCAGCGGGUGUUUGCCGGCUCGCGCCUCCAGAAUAGGCGUCUUACUGCCACCAAACAUAACGCUCCGGUUAUCCGCCUUGUGGACCGGGCUACAGUCAUUCUCACAUGUUUCUAUCGCAUCUAUCCACCCCCUCAGCAUAGGGAGUCGCUCAUACGGAUCCAUGGGGCCAAACAGGGUCUCGACCGCUGGGAAGAUAAGCCGGUCAAUCUUCACGACCUGGGAAUUCGCGAAGUCCUCCGAGUCGACUAUCCAAGCCGCCGUGAUCUUGAGGCUGCUAUUGCCACAGAAAAGUCUACCAUCCAGCAGCAAAAAACUCCUGCUUUCCAGAGAUGGGAAUCCCGCAUCAAGGAGACUUCAAAGCUUAAUUGGACUGUUUCACUAGGCUUGCCACCGUUGCUUCUUCACCAUGCGAACACCGGCUAUAUUAACUUGGUAGUACUACCGGCGAAAGAUGCGACUGGUAACAUCAUCGUCAUGCAUGAACACAGCUUUAUCAGCCCCCGCAGUAGCCAAACCGGCAACCAGAAAAGCGAAAGCUGCUCGCAAACAAGGUUUGGAAGUAGUGGCGACGCGUUCAAGACCUUCCAUUAA